GCUUACUGGGGUGUUUCACCCAAUAGCGGCGCUGUGUUGAGCCUUGUUGCGACAGCGGACAGACAAGCGAGUGGACCGGUUUGAAGCUAAGCUAAUUCAGUGAUAUUACAUCUAGUUAAUUUUGACUUUUUGCAUAGGUUCAUGUUGACGCACACGCGUGGAUCUGUUUAGGAAAAAUCGAAGCUACAUGUAAAGAUUUUAGCUAUUAGGCUAACAAACAGUACUGGGCAUUUAUUUUGGUAAACCGCUUCUGUCUUGCUAGCUGGAUUGGCAGCGGGUAGGCGCCAGUCGUGUUGUGACAACAGCGCUAUUCUGUCACGUUCCCAGUGUUGUUGUUUGUAGCUGUUAACUGAACGAGCUAAUUUCCGUUUGCUGAAGCGGCUAAUAAGGAAACCUCACACCAGUUUAAAAAAAAGCUAAGUUAAGCAUGGCAGAAUUUCUCGAAGAUCCGUCGGUUCUGACCAAAGAUAAGCUGAAGAAUGAGCUCACAGCAAACAAUGUGCCACUUCCCAGCGGAGAGCAUAAAAAAGAAGUGUAUGUGCAGCUGUAUCUGAAGAACCUAACCAUACUGAACAACAAGAAGAGUCCACCUGCAGAUACCUUCUCCAGCGACGAAGAGUUGCCUACCCCCGUGGUGUCCAACAAAAGUCGAUCUGGAAGAAAAGCUACCAAAAAGACAGACAAGCCUCGCACAGAGGGGGUGGAGGUGACAGAUCUCACUGAUGAGGAUUUGAAACAGCAACUGGCAAAGUAUGGUGUGGACUCGGGACCCAUUGUUGCCUCUACCCGUAAGUUGUAUGAGAAGAAGCUGCAGAAGCUUUUGGAUGAGCUUCACACUGAGCCUGAAGCCCCUGCAAAUGUCACAGCACUCCCCAAGGCAGAAAGUAACCAGAAUGGCAACACAAACUCUGACCAGUACAGUGAUAAGGAAGAUGAAGAGAUUACGACCCCUGUACCAGAGCCAGUUCCAGUGGCAGAGAAGCCUCUGAGGAGCAGAGGGAAAAUUCCUGUUACCGUCAGGACCAGCAGCAGACGACAAACCAAGGUGGUCGAGGAAAUUAUUACUGAGGAGACCCCAAAGAAAGCCAGCGAAAGUGUUGUUGAAGAUAUCCUUGCCAAUGAAAUAAACACACCAACAGGCAUCAGUGCAACCUGUAGGCGUCCGAUCCGAGGGGCAGCUGGUCGACCUGUAAAACCAACUGAGUACUGGCUGGAUGAGUCCCGUCUGCAGCACAGCAUCCACACACAGAGCCGCUCCUACUCUGAGUCUUUCUCCCGACCGGGCAGCACUCCUUUAAACAAAGCACCAGCGCAGCGAGGCUUCCUGUCUGUGUUGCUCAAGCUACUCCUCCUUGCUGUGGUGGGUGGUUUACUCUACUAUGUCUACUGGAACCUGGAUGCUGAUCAGAUCAGCACCCUCAAAGGCCUCCUGGACAGCAUCAUCGUGCCACUCCGGGGUGUUGUGGACAACGCAGCCACCUAUCUGGGCAUCAGCAGCAACGGCAACAGCAGCAGUGCUACACAGAGUGCUGGCAAGUAAACACUCUCAGCAGUCCUUCGCCAUGCCCACAUCGCCUUCCUGCCGCCUGCUACAGCACACCACAACUCAAGCUGCAAGCUUGCCUCACUUCUUCUCUUCUCCUAUAUGCUUGGACAGUGGACACAGAUUUAAUUGGAACAGACUUUCUCCUCUCCAGACUGCAGCUUUCCUCCCACCACAAGAGGGAGGUGUAAGUCAAACAGUAGCUUCUGGAUAACACUGUUUUGUGGCAGUCAGAAGAAACUGAUCUUAAUGUUUUUAAUCUGUGAAUUGUUUGUGUCUUUGUGUGUAUUUAACCGUUGUCUUUAGAAACAAGUGCAGAAUGGAGAGGCCAGUUUAUCCAUGCAUGGUUCUAGUUUUUGAAGGCCACGCUGUAGUUUCUAACGCUCUGUGCCAGGUGUUUUUCUGACGGUGACGUGCCUGGACACAGUUAGCACUUAGUGCCCUCCCAUUGUCAAGCACAAAGCAGUGCUACUACUAAUACCCGAAUGUCUAUAUGUGUUUCUGUAUGAAUUUUAUCAUUUGCUCCAUAGCUAUAGAUUUAGGUAGUGACUCAUUAUUUCUACAGUGCUCAGGUCAGUUCAAGUGUUUAACGUGGUCUGUGCUGGGAGGAGACGCAUCGUGUAAUCAGGUCACAUCACUGCAUGAGGAAAAGUACAAGUAAAAACAAAACUUUUUUUUUUCUCGGUGGCUGAUCACUUCUUGAAUCAUCAUAUUUAGGAUUCUAUGAUUAUGACUAACAAGAUAAUUUUGUUUAUUCUGUAUUGUAAUCAUGAUUUCUUUUUUGUUUGUUUGUUUUUUACGGUCUGUGGAUUGGUAGUUUUACUGUACAUUUGAAAUUGUGUAUCAAUAGCCUGAGCUCAUCAAUUUACAAACUGAAAAUUCUAAAACAGCCUUUGAGAUGAUUAAAUAUCAUUCAUUUGACAAGUACACCUGAAAAGUAAAAAAAAAAAUGCAGCUUUCAGUCAUAGAUUAUUGGCUUUCCAGCCCUGCCAGAGUGCUCGUAUGAGUUUACAUGCUUUGGGUUUUAGUGCUCUGUUGUGCUUUCUCUUAUGUUCACUGUCUUUAUUCAGUUCUGAUCCUUCAGUCCUAAAUGCAGGACUGGCUGUUGCAGUGCACCCACAUAGCCCAGCUCACUACCUGCAUGUGUCCAGACAUGGCAUAUCCACAAAGAAGACAUGGAAAAACUUCAUCCUUUUGGGACAAUUUAUCAAUUUGUUCUCUUCAGAAGUCUUGACUACUUCUACCUGUGCAAAUUACAACAAUGAAGGCCAUGGAUUUACUAUGAAAGGGGUUGUUUACCCACUGGGGAUGAAGUUGGGGGGUGGGAAGGUUUCUGGGGUAUGUUUGUUUCUACUUUGAUAUUUUUCUAUAGUGGCUUGUUCAAGUUUUUUAUAGUGCAUUUCAAGAUGACAUUUGAAAGCAAUAUGUAAUCCACGCAAGUGAUACUGUAUCUUAAUCUGAACCUUUCUGACUUAACACAAGUGAUUCAUCAUCAGGCAGCUCUCCCACAGUCAACAGAAAUGAUGGGUUAUGUGGGUAAGGAUUUUUAAUCUGUUUAUUUAUGAUUAUGUAGACAAUGUGUGAUAAAAUAAACAUGGCUGUUAAUUUUC